AUGUUUUACAGGCGACUUGGCAUGCGUCUGUUUCCGCGCGGAUGCCAGCAGGAGUCUUGGCGUCUUUUUCCUGCACUGCCACCGGGCACAGCGGUAUCACAGCGAGGCUUUGGGGGCCCGGAGAUGAUACCGCAGACCAAUAGGAGGGAGAGGAGACGCAUCGACCGCCUUCUCUUUUCCCAACAGGGCGUGCGGAAGAUGCUGGCACUUUUUCCGUCAUUGAGGAAUAUGGCGGGGUGCUGGAGGAAUUUACGCUUGACACGUGAUGGGGGCGCAGCUACCGUUCCCCACGUUCUCCGCUCUGCACAGCCGGGUGGCAAAGGGCCUACGGCCGGGGACGGCAAAAAUGAUUCCGAAGGAGAGUCCGAUGACUUCGCCGCCACAGCAGAGGAUAAUGGCAACGAAGAUUCAUUAGUGGAACGCUCCGUUCUGUUUGUGCUUUUUAUGUUCCUGCUUUCGUAUGUGCUCUACCGACUUGCACAGCCGUCAGGGAAGCCUACAGGAUGGGCCUCACUUAUGAAGCACGCGGACAUUAUUGAGAGCAUUCAUCUCUACCAAAACUAUGCGCAGGUUUAUAUGGAAGAGGCGAAAGUUUACCUGGGCCUGGUGGAUGACCAGCACACGCAGGAGAAGCUUGAGAUGCUGCGUGCGGCAUGUAUCACCGCCAAGGUGAAUAAGCAGCAGUCGAAGAAGGAGCCGAAUGAUGGCACGAACUCUGCCGGGUUUGAUGUUGUUAUGAAGGGAACGCCACUAGCGGAGCACGUUCUUGUGGGAUUGGGCGUCUUUGCGUGGGUGAUUCCGUUUGUAUUUUUUCCCGUUUUUGUCAUGAUUCUUUCCAACUCGAUUGGAAAGUCGCUUGCGGCCACCGUGGAUGCAGGAAAGAAGUCACAGAAAGUGAAGGACAUGGUGUUUCGUGUGGAGCGUACAUCCAACACACGGUUUCACGACAUUGCGGGAAUGAAGGAGCCAAAGAAAGAGAUUACUGAGGUGGUUGAUUUUCUGCGGCAGCCUGAGCGCUACACGGCGCUGGGCGCGAAGAUACCGACAGGUGCUCUCCUGCUUGGCCCGCCAGGCACGGGAAAAACCCUCUUGGCCAAGGCGGUGGCAGGGGAGAGCGGGGUGGGUUUUAUCCCUGUCUGUGGCUCGGAUUUUGUCGAGCUUUAUGUUGGCAUGGGCGCGCUGCGUGUGCGGCAGCUCUUUGAGACGGCGAAGAAACAGCGCUGUAUUGUUUACAUUGACGAGAUUGACGCCAUCGGCCUCAAACGAAGUGGGGCGGGUCACGGCGAGAAGCAGGAGCAGGAGCACACACUGAAUGAGCUCCUUACCCAACUGGACGGCUUCAGUUCGGGAAAACGAGGUGAUUUAAUGAUUCUCGCUUCCAGUAAUGUGGCGCAAGAGAUGCUGGAUCCUGCACUGAUCCGUCCUGGCAGGUUUGAUCGCAUUAUUUAUGUCGACAUGCCUGUCAUCUCGGAGAGGAUUGAUAUUUUCAAGGUGCACCUUAGCGCUCUGCGGCUCUUGAAGGAGACGGGUGAUCCCGCGGGGACUGAAGCGAUGGAUUCAUCGGCUGACGCCGCCACGACGACAGCUGGCCGAGAGGACAGCGCUGAACAUCCUGCAACGCAAGUGAAGGGAUGCACCGCAAUCGACGACACGGCUGUGGGUGCGGGGGACGAUCCCAACGCAUCCACGACAGUAAAGGACUCUUCCAGCAGCACGGCCUCUUCGUCGACAUCGACAGCGACUGCGGCUGCAACUCCAAAUGUUAAAGAAUCGGCGCUCACCAUCAGUCAGCUGCAGCAGGAGCUGGACGAGGAGAGGCAAAGUCUAAAGGAAGAAGAGGGCCUUUCGGGUCAUGCCUCGUUUGACUUCCGUUCCCUCUUGGCAAAGAAGAGCGAGAGGGAACGCGCGCUCAUUAGCACCUAUGCGGAACGUUUGAGUAGUCUCUGUCCCGGCUUUGUUGGCGCCGACAUCGCCAACGUAUGCAACGAGGGGGCGAUUCUUGCUGCUCGCGAGGCGUGCGAGUUUGUUGACAUCUCUCAUCUUGAGCGUUCCAUUGAUCGUGUGCUCGCCGGCAUUGAGCACCGCAGCCGCGUGCUGACACCAUUCGAGCGGGAGGUCGUCGCCCACCACGAGGCGGGGCAUGCAGUGGCGGGAUGGUUCCUCAACCGAGCAGAACCGCUCAUGAAGGUUUCUAUAGUUCCACGCGGCGGCUCCGCCCUCGGCUAUGCGCAGUACCUGCCGAACGAAAAUCGCAUGCGCACGGCGACGGAGGUUCGCGACUCCAUCAGCGUGACGCUUGGCGGUCGUGUGGCGGAGAAGAUAUUUUUUAACCAUUUGUCAACAGGUGCCUCCGACGAUCUGCGAAAAGUGACGCACAUGGCGUAUCAAUACGUGAGCUCCUUUGCGCAGCGGCCGGUGUAUCCUGCGCCCGGCACACACGGCACACGUUUUGUGAAGCCGUUUGGCCCAAAGGUCUCAAAUGAGUUGGACGUGGAGGCCAAGAAGCUUGUGGAUGAGGUCUACGAGUCCACGUACAAGCUUUUGCUCUCCAAGAAGACAGAGAUGGAGACGCUUGCCAGACAUCUGCUGCGGAAGGAGGUGCUCACGUACGAUGACGUUGUGGGCUACUUUGGUGUGCGGAGCUCCAGACUUUCGGACCGAAAGAAGAAUUCGUAG